GCCUCUCGCGAUUUCGAGUCCUUCUCUCGCGAGAUCUUCAGGACGGCCGGGUUCGCGGUGGUGGCCUCUGACAGGGCUCUGCGUGUAGGUUUGGGGUUUGUUGCCAGUUUUCGGUAAGAUAGGCUGGGUUGUAAGGCGCCAGGUUUACAGAACAAUGGAGUAUAUGACAGACUCCACCACCCACAGCCCUGGACACAUCUUGUGCUGUGAGUGUGGUGUCCCAAUUAGUCCAAAUCCUGCCAAUAUUUGUGUGUCCUGUUUGCGAAGUAAAGUAGACAUCAGCCAAGGUAUUCCAAAACAAGUGUCGAUUUCUUUCUGCAAGCAGUGUCAAAGAUAUUUUCAGCCACCAGGAACUUGGAUACAGUGUGCUUUAGAAUCCAGGGAACUUCUUGCUCUGUGUUUGAAAAAAAUUAAAGCCCCUCUGAGUAAGGUACGGCUUGUAGAUGCAGGCUUUGUUUGGACUGAGCCCCAUUCUAAGAGACUCAAAGUUAAAUUGACUAUUCAGAAGGAGGUGAUGAAUGGUGCUAUCCUUCAGCAAGUGUUUGUUGUAGAUUAUGUUGUUCAGUCCCAAAUGUGUGGAGAUUGCCACAGGAUAGAAGCUAAGGAUUUCUGGAAGGCUGUGGUUCAAGUCCGGCAAAAGACAUUGCACAAAAAAACCUUCUAUUAUCUGGAGCAGUUGAUUCUAAAAUAUGGAGUGCAUCAGAAUACACUUCGUAUCAAGGAGAUUCAUGAUGGUCUGGAUUUCUAUUAUUCCUCAAAACAACAUGCUCAGAAGAUGGUAGAAUUUCUUCAGUGUACAGUUCCCUGUAGAUACAAAGCAUCACAAAGACUGAUCUCUCAGGAUAUCCACAGUAACACAUACAAUUACAAAAGCACUUUUUCUGUGGAAAUUGUUCCAAUAUGCAAGGAUAAUGUUGUUUGUCUGUCUCCAAAACUGGCACAAACCCUGGGAAAUAUGAACCAGAUAUGUGUGUGUAUUCGAGUAACCAGUGCAGUCCACCUCAUUGAUCCAAAUACCUUGCAAGUUGCAGAUAUUGAUGGGAGCACUUUCUGGAGUCAUCCUUUCAAUAGUUUAUGCCAUCCCAAACAGCUGGAAGAGUUUAUUGUGAUGGAUUGCAGCAUAGUCCGAGAUCUCAAACGCAGUGCAGGUGCCGGAGUCAUAUCAAAAAAGCAUACCCUUGGGGAAGUCUGGGUACAGAAAACAUCUGAAAUGAAUACAGAUAAACAGUAUUUUUGUCGCACUCAUUUGGGACAUCUUCUAAAUCCUGGAGACCUAGCAUUGGGAUUUGAUUUGGCCAACUGUAACUUAAAUGAUGAGCAUGUCAACAAAAUGAACUCAGAUAAAAUUCCAGAUGUGGUAUUAAUCAAGAAGAGCUAUGACCGUACCAAACGUCAGCGUCAUAGAAACUGGAAACUGAAAGAGCUUGCGAGAGAGAGAGAAAAUAUGGAUACAGAUGAUGAAAGGCAAUACCAAGAUUUUCUUGAAGAUCUUGAAGAAGAUGAGGCAAUUAGAAAAAACAUCAACAUUUACAGAGAUUCAACUAUCCCUGUAGAAAGUGACACAGAUGAUGAAGGAGCACCUCGAAUUAGUCUGGCUGAGAUGCUUGAAGACCUUCAUAUUUCCCAAGAUGCCACUGAUCAAGAAGGUGGUGCAGCUAUGAUGACAUAAUGAGAUCAUGUGUAGCCUUUGCACAUCCAUGUAUGCAGGAAGUUGGACAGAAUAACCUUUGUAUAUUCCAUCUACCCUUCAUAUUUUAAGUGGAGAAAUUUAUUUUAAAACCUGAAUGAAUAUGAUUAUUUUGAUUGCUCAAAGCACUGAAGGGUUUGAUGGUUUUGGAACUUUAUAGAUAAUAAAAGAUUAGGCAGAAUUUACUGCCAGUGGUUAGGCCAUUUCAUGCAUGUAGUUUUAUCACUUUGAUUUUAUUUAAGGCCCCAUAUUUUUACAUAUCUAACUCUAGAUAAAAAAGCUCAAAAAUGGAGAUUAAUUUUGUGUU